UUUGUUCUCCAGCCGCUGACCUGAUUCGACCUCUCCAGAAAUAGAUAUUUAACUCUCUGAACCCCUGUUUAAGUAUAGAAUUCGUUUGGGCGCUCUCUUCAUUUUUAAGGUUCAAAGGGAAGAGGCGAGGAGUCCAGGGUCUCACCGCCCUCGCAGCCAAUGAGGGAGCUCGGGGGAGGAGCCUGGCCGCUCUGGCUGCUGAGGGAGAGACUCGCCCCCAGCAGAUGCAGUGGAGUUUGAGCUUUGCCGCAUCCGUCACUGAGGAACAAAAUAAAGAGUAGAGGAGACAGGCUGCAGAGCAUGGGAAGCAGUGGGGCUUUCUGAAACGUUUGCUGGGCUUUCCGCGGAGCAUGAGCUUUUAAAACGAAUUCUUUUUUUUUUUUUUUUCUUUUAAAGAAACUCAUUUGCGUAGCUGGGAAAAUGAUACAUAUGCUAAAUGCAGCAGCCUAUCGGGUGAAAUGGACCAGAUCCGGUGCUGCUAAGAGGGCUGCUUGCCUGGUGGCUGCGGCAUAUGCUCUGAAAACCCUCUACCCCAUCAUUGGCAAGCGUUUAAAGCAGCCUGGCCACAGGAAGGAAGCAGCAGCAGCCGCUUACCCGCCUGCAGAGAACAGAGAAAUACUGCAUUGCACAGAGAUCGUCUGUAAAAAGCCUGCGCCGGGAAUGAAUGCAGAUUUUUUCAAACAGCUACUAGAACUUCGGAAAAUCCUCUUUCCAAAACUUGUGACCACUGAAACAGGGUGGCUCUGCCUCCAUUCGGUGGCUCUAAUCUCAAGAACAUUUCUUUCUAUCUAUGUGGCUGGUCUGGAUGGAAAAAUCGUGAAAAGCAUAGUGGAAAAGAAGCCUCGCAGUUUCAUCAUCAAAUUAAUCAAGUGGCUUAUGAUUGCCAUCCCCGCCACCUUUGUCAACAGUGCUAUCAGGUACCUGGAGUGCAAACUGGCUUUGGCUUUCAGAACUCGCUUAGUAGACCAUGCCUAUGAAACCUAUUUUGCGAAUCAGACUUAUUAUAAGGUGAUAAAUAUGGAUGGGAGGCUGGCAAACCCUGACCAGUCCCUUACUGAAGACAUUAUGAUGUUCUCACAAUCUGUGGCUCACUUGUAUUCCAACCUUACCAAACCUAUUUUAGAUGUAAUCCUAACUUCCUAUACCCUCAUCCGGACUGCUACAUCCAGAGGAGCAAGCCCAAUAGGGCCGACCCUGUUAGCAGGACUUGUGGUGUAUGCCACUGCGAAAGUACUGAAAGCUUGCUCUCCCAAGUUUGGCACCUUGGUGGCUGAAGAAGCUCAUAGGAAAGGCUAUCUGCGGUAUGUUCACUCCAGAAUUAUAGCCAACGUGGAAGAAAUUGCCUUCUACAGAGGACAUAAGGUAGAAAUGAAGCAACUGCAGAAAAGUUACAAGGCUUUAGCUUCCCAGAUGAACCUUAUUUUAUCUAAGCGUUUGUGGUACAUCAUGAUAGAACAGUUCUUGAUGAAGUAUGUGUGGAGCAGCUGUGGCCUGAUUAUGGUGGCCAUACCCAUUAUCACCGCAACAGGCUUUGCAGAUGGUGAUCUGGAAGAUGGCCCAAAGCAGGCAAUGGUUAGCGAUCGGACAGAAGCCUUUACCACUGCCCGAAAUUUAUUGGCCUCUGGUGCUGAUGCCAUUGAAAGAAUUAUGUCUUCAUACAAAGAGAUCACUGAACUAGCAGGCUACACUGCUAGAGUGUACAACAUGUUCUGGGUCUUUGACGAAGUGAAAAGAGGCAUUUAUAAGAGAAAUGUCACUCCAGAGCCUGAAAAGAAUAGCAAGAGCGGAGGUGACAUGGAGCUACCCCUCAGUGACACCCUAGCAAUUAAAGGGACAGUGAUUGACGUGGAUCACGGAAUCAUUUGUGAGAAUGUGCCCAUCAUCACACCAGCAGGAGAAGUGGUGGCUUCCAGGCUGAACUUCAAAGUAGAAGAAGGGAUGCAUCUCCUGAUAACUGGUCCCAAUGGUUGUGGAAAAAGCUCUCUCUUCAGAAUCCUAAGUGGGCUGUGGCCUGUGUAUGAAGGAGUCCUUUAUAAACCUCCUCCCCAACAUAUGUUCUAUAUUCCACAGAGGCCAUACAUGUCUCUUGGAAGUCUGCGUGAUCAAGUCAUUUAUCCUGACUCAGUGGAUGACAUGCAUGAAAAAGGAUACACUGACCAAGACCUGGAAGGCAUUCUGCACAGUGUCCACCUCUACCACAUAGUUCAAAGAGAAGGAGGAUGGGAUGCUGUUAUGGACUGGAAAGAUGUCCUAUCAGGAGGGGAAAAGCAGAGAAUGGGUAUGGCACGGAUGUUUUAUCAUAAACCAAAGUACGCAUUGCUGGAUGAAUGUACCAGCGCUGUGAGCAUUGAUGUUGAAGGGAAGAUAUUUCAGGCUGCUGUAGGGGCUGGGAUUUCCUUACUGUCCAUAACGCACCGACCUUCUCUGUGGAAGUACCACACUCAUUUAUUACAAUUUGAUGGCGAAGGAGGUUGGCGCUUUGAACAGCUGGACACCGCUAUCCGUUUAACAUUAAGUGAAGAAAAACAGAAGUUAGAGUCUCAGCUAGCUGGAAUUCCCAAAAUGCAGCAGAGACUCAAUGAACUAUGUAAAAUUUUGGGAGAAGACUCAGUGCUGAAAACAGACCAAAAGGAGAAAGACUCACCCUGAUUUACCUGGACACGUUUUAAGUUCACUUUUCGGUAAAGCCUCAGAGACUCUCUUCACUGCAUGCCGUCUGUUAAGCUGAGUGCAGAGAAAGCAAGCCAGCAAAAAGUAUUUUGUAUGAUCUUAGCGUCAAGGAAGUAUAAGAUGACUUUUUGGAGAAAAAAAAAA